CUGAAUCCUACACUGACCCACUUUUCUCUUCCUCAAGAAUCUAGCUUUCGUUGUCAGAUCUGCAAUGUUCUAAUGCUAGCAAACAAAUUCUCUCAUUCUUUUAGACAAUGAAGUUACUAUGCACAAUCCUUAAGUGAAUAGAAAUGUGAAAAAUAAUGCUCCAAAUUCAUGCCACUAAAUCUAAGGUUUGGUAUAUUUGGGUGGCAGUCAACCCAGAGUUCCCCCGAAGUCUCCUUUACACAAAAGGUUUCUUCAAAAUUCUUACAAACAGAGGUGGCAUCCAUAACCAAAACCACGUGUUGCCCAUGAAAUAUUCACCUUUGAAUUUUAAUUGCAUAUGUAGUCAAUCGCUUUAAAGAUUUCCCCGGAAAAUCCAUUUAGAAAAGUCGAUGCGUUCUUGAUUUCUUACUGCAGAAUCGGAGACAAAAUCGAAGGCAUUCAAUCUGGCGGUAGCAUAUUGGAAGAGGUUAUUUGGUACAGGGGGCAGAAAUUUAAGCUCCAAUCCGUAUCUAAUUGUGCCCAAGAGGUCGCGGUUUUGGAUGGCAUGGAAUUUCUUCAAAUAUUGCUCAAGCCUUCGCAUAUUUGGGUCUCUAAUGAUCUUGCUUGUGGCCGCCAUUAUCGGCGUCACUUACUAUGCCGUAAUUGUUACAACUUAUGGCCCUCAAUUAUUUCACGGAGGUUUUGAAGCGAUUGUAGCAUUUCUCAUUAUCGUUGUUUUCCAUUUAUUGCUGGUUAUGCUGAUAUGGUGCUACUUUAGGGUAGUCUUGACGGAUCCUGGUGGUGUACCUUCAAAUUGGAGACCAAUGAUAGAUGAAGAGGAUUUAGAGGCAAACACGAUGACCAUGUCUGCAACUCUACCACCUAGUUCAAAUGUGGUGAAUUAUCCACAGCCACUGGUUAGUAGCGCAGCCCAAGUUCCUGGUUUGCGUUAUUGCAACAAGUGUGAAAAUUACAAGCCACCUCGGUGCCAUCAUUGUCGUGUGUGUCAAAGAUGCAUAUUAAAAAUGGAUCAUCAUUGUGUAUGGGUUGUCAAUUGUGUCGGUGCUCGCAAUUAUAAGUUCUUUCUUCUUUUCCUGAUUUAUACAUUUUUGGAGACGACAUUGGACACAAUCGUGCUGCUACCACACUUCAUUAAUUUCUUCAAAGAUGCAGAGAACCAUUCUAGUUCUUCUAGCAAUCUAGCAACCACAUUUCUUGCAUUUAUUCUUAAUGUUGCUUUUGCUCUGAGUUUGCUUGGGUUUCUUAUCUUGCACACAUCUUUGGUGAUGGCUAAUACAACUACAAUUGAGGUUUAUGAAAAGAAGAAAUCAAGUAGAUGGCGAUAUGACAUGGGUAGAAUGAAGAAUUUUGAGCAGGUUUUUGGAACGCGGAAGCUAUAUUGGCUGAUUCCGCUGUAUGCAGAAGAGGACAUUGCAAACAUGCCCAUGCUUCAUGGACUUGACUUUCCAAUAAGGCCAGACGUCGAAGAAUAAAAAUAAAUGCAUCUCAUCAUUUAAAAGUGGGAUGAUACCGAUUACAGGUGGUAACCAUUAUCUACGUGCUUAAUGAGGUCAUAAAAUAGCAUUGUGAAUCAAUGUUGAGAAGUCAGUUUUACUACAUCUGCGAUUUGAUUCCAAUCUUACAUUUUCAGCAUUUAUUCCCAAGUUCCUAUUAUUGUGAAUAGCAAGUCAUUUAGCUGAAGUAAUGUUUGCAUGUUUCAACUCUGGUCAAUCAAAGUGGUGGUGGAAGAAACAAGGAUGAGUUCAUGUAUUGUUUGUACCAGAGAAGCAAAAGUCUUUUUGGGGAAAAAUCUGCAAACUAAAAGUACAAGAUUUUUUUGAAAAAAUCGGGUUUAAACGGGAAAAAUUUGGAUUUAAAAAAUAUUAAAAAAUGUUGAAGAAGAGACAAAAGUUGUCUUUGAAUUUUAA